CGCGUGGCCGCGCCGGCCAGGGCGGGGGGGCGCGCGCCGCUGCGGCACGGCAGGCCCCCACGGCCGGUGACCGCGGCGGCUUUUGGCGGCGUGGCCUGCGCACGCCUCGCGGGUGGAUUCCGACCCUCCAGUGCUAGAGCUUUCGUUGCAGGCAGCCGCGAGUAAGUGGCGGCGCGAACGGUUCCGGCGCGAAGACACCACCGGGCGAGCGCGGCGGCGGGCGUGGUCCGAGCCCUGCCUUUGUGACCAGGGGGCGUCUCCUCCGGACGCCCGCGGCGGCCAAGACUCCCAGAUCUGGCCGCGGGACUAAGCUCGGCGCGAGGAGAACGUCGGCAAAUGGGUGACAGACGCCUGUUUUCGUGCUGAGGAUGAAGAAUAUAAGACACAGAGAUUGAGUACCGCACAUCAUACACCUAGAUUUCAUUCUAAUCAAGCAGAGAGUUCAGGACACAGAGUCCAAGGAUGAAUGUUCACCGUGGCAGUGACAGUGACAGGUUAUUGCGGCAGGAGGCCAGCGGUCUAGUGGAUGAUACUUCAGCUGCAGCCCAAGAAAAGGAAACAAAUGGCCUGGCUUCAUCUGGUCUUCAUAAUCUUACUUAUCCCCUAAGUCCCAGGAACGAAGACCUUUCAUUCGACCAUACCUCUCAGCCAGCAAAUCUUCAGUUCUCUCACAUAAUGCCAGUUCCUGAAGACAUCAAAGGCUCUUGCUUCCAAAGUGGGAAUAAACGGAACCAUGAACCCUUUCUUACUCCAGAAAGAUUUGGAAACAGCAGUAUAGGCUUUGGCAGUAACCCUCAUUCCCAAGCACCAGAGAAAGUGACACUUCUUGUAGAUGGCACACGUUUUGUUGUGAAUCCACAGAUUUUCACUGCUCAUCCAGAUACCAUGCUGGGAAGGAUGUUUGGGCCAGGAAGAGAGUACAAUUUCACACGGCCCAACGAGAAGGGAGAAUAUGAAAUUGCUGAAGGAAUCAGUGCAACUGUAUUUCGUACAGUGCUGGAUUACUACAAAACUGGUAUCAUUAAUUGUCCUGAUGGCAUCUCUAUCCCAGAUCUUAGAGAUACAUGUGAUUAUCUCUGCAUUAAUUUUGACUUCAACACUAUCCGAUGUCAGGAUCUGAGUGCUUUACUGCAUGAACUGUCUAAUGAUGGUGCUCACAAGCAGUUCGAUCACUACCUCGAAGAGCUGAUCUUGCCCAUUAUGGUGGGCUGUGCCAAGAAAGGGGAGAGAGAGUGCCACAUAGUUGUGCUGACAGAUGAGGAUUCCGUGGACUGGGAUGAAGACCACCCCCCACCCAUGGGAGAGGAAUAUUCCCAAAUUCUUUAUAGUUCCAAGCUCUACAGAUUCUUCAAAUAUAUUGAAAAUCGAGAUGUUGCAAAAACAGUGUUAAAGGAACGGGGCCUGAAAAACAUUCGCAUUGGAAUUGAAGGUUAUCCCACCUGUAAAGAAAAAAUUAAGAGAAGACCUGGGGGCAGAUCUGAAGUCAUCUAUAAUUAUGUACAACGUCCCUUUAUCCAGAUGUCAUGGGAAAAGGAAGAAGGAAAGAGUCGCCAUGUAGAUUUCCAGUGUGUUCGAAGCAAAUCCCUCACCAAUCUGGUAGCUGCUGGUGAGGAUGUCUUAGAGGACCAAGAGAUAUUAAUGCAUCACCCGCCCCAAGUUGAUGAACUUGAUCGGCUAAAUGCCCCACUUUCUCAGAUGGGUUGUAAUGACUUUCAGGAUUAGGGCCACCUGUGGGUCCACCUCUCAUUGGAGCUCUUGGUCUGGGAUGUCCACAGCUAGCACUUCCCAGCCUCCCCAUGAUAUGUCCUGGCCCAAGUAGGAGAUAUGCUUCUCCCCUAUCUUUUUCCUUUCUCCCAUAAUUAAGUCCAUGCCUCUGGCAGGGGAUGAAGAAGUACUCACUGGUGUUUAAGCUACCAGCUUUGCAACAGCCUGGUAACUUGAAAAAUUUGGAUCUGGUGCUGUUCACUGAGUCAUUGCGUAACUGCAAAAGCAGGAAAGGAAGUCAGGACUCUUUUUGCCCUGUGUUUAGCAAA